AUGUUCGACUGCGCCGAGGGAAGUCUGCGGCAGCUUAUCAAGAUCGUCGUGCGUGUUCCGCUGACGACCAAAUUUUUCGUGACGCAUUUGCACGGAGAUCACGUGUACGGACUGCCUGGAAUCCUGUGCACGCUGGAUAACCAUAACGCCGACUACAAGGACCCGCAGACAAAGGAGAAAGCGCCGAGGCCAAUCGACGUAUACGGCCCUUUGGGUUUGUUCUCGUACUUGAACACGGCCUUCUUGACGAGCAGUACGUGGCUGGCGAACUUGAAAAUUACCGUUCACGAGUUGGUAUCUCCGGAGAUGUUGAACAAGACGUCAGCGCAUGAGAAGUUUAUGCGCAAAGCACCGAAACAUCCUAGUCUGACGCGAGAGUGGGUGCAUGCUGAGUCGGACGGGAAUGGCGACGUAUGGAGCGUGCUGGAUGACGGGAAGUUUAUCGUGAAGGCUGCAACGUUGAAACACACAGUCACGAGCUUCGGUUACGUCGUGGAGGAAUACCCUGUGCCCGGGAAAUUAAACUUAGAUGCGCUACGUGAGCGAGGUCUGCCGCCUGGACCAAAAUUCGGCACACUUAAGCUUGGAGGGAGUGUUGAGCUGCCUAAUGGCGAAAUGCUUUACGCGUCUGAGGUAACCGGGCCGCAGGCACGCGGACGUAAGGUGGCCAUCCUGGGCGGUGCAUCGUGGGCAUUCAACAGCUCGCACGGCAGGGUACGCAGCCAGGAAAAUGAACGCAUCGCUACUGGCACUGACCCAUUUCAGUCACCGCUUCCGGCAUUGGUCAGCUAA